AUGUUGCUCGAAUUCUUCAGCACUAACGACCUCGGAGCGACUCAGCAUUGCGUCGGAAUACAGAUAUGCUGCAACAUAAACACCAACAGCAUUUUGGACGACCAGGCGACCUGCCCGGAGUCGAUACUUCGAAGUUUCGACACGCUAGAGUGUAAGGUUGUCGUACCUCCCUUCAUGAACACGCAGAAGCAUAUGGACGCUUGCGAGACAAUCGAAACUGAGCAUAUCAACCCUGAGAUCGUCGGAUCUUUGCUCUAUCUCGCACUCGAGACACAACCUGAUCUGGCCUACCGGGUCGCCAGGGCCAGGGAAGAUAGCGCGGAGCUGGCAGCACCAGCUUUGCAGGUUGCCAAGAGAAUCAUGCGGUACAUUUGA